AUGUUCAGAGUAUUGAACGGCGAAAGUCAAAGCCCUGACGUGAAGCAACAGAAUAUCCCCGACUCCAGGAAAAACUCUUCCCUCCUUUGGACGGACAAUCCUAGCUCAAACGAUCGGUGUGAAACGGAAGAAAACGGUAAAGAGAUAGGCCACGACCGGGUCAAGCGACCCAUGAACGCAUUCAUGGUGUGGUCUCGAGACCAGAGGCGCAAGAUGGCUUUAGAGAAUCCCAAAAUGCAAAACUCAGAGAUCAGCAAGCGGCUGGGAUACCAGUGGAAAACGCUGACAGAAGCCGAAAAAUGGCCAUUCUUCCAGGAAGCACAGAGAUUACAGGCCAUACACAGAGACAAAUACCCGGACUACAAGUAUCGACCUCGCCGCAAGGUUAAACUGCUACAGAAGAGUGGACGUUUGCUGCCCGUAGACCCCUCUUCGGUACUGUGCAGCCAAGUGAACGUGGACCAGAGCGUGUACACCUUCACAUACAGGGAGGGCUAUACCAAGGCUGCAUACUCACGAAUGGAGGACCAGCGAAGCCAUUCACAGCCGAUGAAUACAGCCUGCUCGAUGCUGCAACAGGAGCGCCUCAGCAUCUCCUCAGACCUGAGUGACAAUCGGGUAAUACUGGCAACACAGACCUACGGGGACGUUCCUUUUUACCCUGACUUACUGUCCUGA